AUGUCAAGGGGUAAAGAUGCCCGUUCAUCGUUCCAGACAUUCAUAUUCGGGCCCGAAGCUGGAAAUCAGUUUCAGGUUGUUGGUCCAGAUGGUCCUCUUGUUGUUGGAGCUGGUGAAGAUGUGAUUCUGCCCUGUUCUCUCAAACCCAACAUCAGUGCUGUGGACAUGAGAGUGGAGUGGUUUAGACUCCAUACAUCAGACUCACUGGUGCAUUUAUACAAAGAUGGUGUUGACAAUAACAAAAAGCAGAUUCAGUCUUACAGAGGGAGAACAUCACUGUUUAAAGAGGAACUGCAGAAGGGCAAUACUUCAUUAAAACUCUCCAGGGUGAAAUUCUCUGAUGAAGGAAAAUACAAAUGUUUAAUCCAGUCAGAAAGCUGGCACGAUGAUAUUACUGCUCAAGUCAGUAUUGAAGCUGUGGGAACCUAUCCAGUGAUCUCUAUGGAGGGCUAUAGUAUUAAUGGGGGACUCAGUCUAAUGUGUGAAUCAAAUAACUGGAGGCCUGAACCUGAAGUUGUGUGGCUGGACAGUGAUGGAAACGUUCUCCCUGCUGAAGAUACAGAGACACUCAGAGACACAGAAAGAUUCCAUGUUAAAAAACGUGUCACUGUACAGGACAGUAACACCAACAGGUUCUACUGCAGAGUAAUACUGAGAGACCAUUUGAUAGAGACAGAGAUUGUUAUAUCAAGUGCAGUUUUUCAUACUUGGAGGGCUCAUGUUAUCUGGAUUUCGGUUUUAUUUUCAGUCAUUACCAUGGGAUUAGUUAUAAUGAUCUGUUUUCUUCUCAGAAUGAAAGUGGAUGUAACCCUGGAAACUGAUACGGCACAUCCCAACCUCAUUCUGUCUGAUGAUGAGAAACAAGUGAGACAUGGAGACACACGACAGGAUCUCCCUGACAACCCAGAGAGGUUUAAUAACUGGUUCUGUGCCCUGGGAAAGGAGGGGUUCUCCUCAGGGAGAUUUUACUAUGAGGUGCAGGUCGGUGGGAAAACGGACUGGUAUUUAGGAGUGGCUACAGAGUCUGUUAACAGGACGGAGUAUGUUACACGGUGCCCUAAGAACGGAAUCUGGACUGUGUGUUUGAGGAAUGAAAAUAAGUGUGAGGCUUGUGCUGAUUCCCCAGUUCUCCUCUCUCUGAAACAGAAACCCCAGAAGGUGGGGGUGUUUGUGGAUUAUGAGGAGGGCGAGGUCUCCUUUUAUGACGUGGAGGCCAUCUCUCAUCUCUACUCUUUCGCUGAUCAGACUUUCACUGAGAGACUCUGUCCAUACUUCUGUCCCUAUUAUAAUUAUGAAAGUAAAAUCUCAGGGCCAUUGAUCAUCACUCCUGUCUCUCGCACUGAAUAA